GCCACUAAGACCCCUUUUCUUCUUGCUCCCAUCACCGCCUCUGUACGCAGUCAUUUCUUCAUCAGCCACGACGAUAUAGCGCUAGGUAGCACUAGGCACCUCUCUUUCUUUCAUUCUCGAGCCUUGCAUCUUCGGUACCAUGGGUUCUUGCAGCGAUUCGACUUUAACGAUACGGUCAGGCUAUGUCAGUUUGAAGACGAAGGGGGUCUUCACCAGCUGGAUCUGGAGACGCAAAUGGUUGGUGCUGAAGCAGGAGACGCUGGAGAUACGCAAAUUUCAGAAAUCAUCGCGUCCACAAAGCAUUAUACCGCUCAAGGAACUCAAAACUGUCGAGCGAACCGAUCUGAAGCCGUGCUGUGUUCUUUUGGAGACUAAGAAUAAGCGGUACUACCUUGAUCUCAAGAGCGAUAAUGAGCUGUAUGGGUGGCAAGACGAUAUCUACAACCGCAGCCCAUUGGUAGGCGCCAGCCUUCCUUUCAAUUUCGUGCACAACAAACACGUUGGGUUCGAUUCUCUAUCUGGGAGCUUUACGGGCCUCACCGAAGAAUUGCAAAACGCGUUGGCAGAGCCACCGCCUGCGACACCCCAAGACCCUAAAGAGGAUCAGGUCCAAGCGCGGAGUUCCCUGAUUGUUGUGAGCAAGCCUUUCAAUGUCAAGCAUCACGUCCAUGUAGGGUUUGACCCGGUGACCAAGGGGUUUACAGGCAUCCCAGAAGAAUGGAACAAGGAUGUAGCGAAAUCGACGACGCUUCCGAAGAUCAAGAGAAAGCCGGUCCCCCAGGUCGAUGUAGGUGAUCCAUACAACUUUGUGCACAAUGCACAUGUAGGGUUUGAUCCUAUAACUGGACAGUUUAUUGGUCUGCCGGAGGAGUGGAACAAAGUGUUGUCGAUCACUUCACCGAGCCGCGAGGACUACGCUAAAGGUCCUGAGCCUAUCCUGGCCCUUUGCAACAAGAACAAGACGUUGACACCCGCCAUCGACUCUAAGCGGUCGUCGCUUCGAGUAACAGUAACGGGAUCUCAUGUUUCGCUUUGAUGGAAUGACUUGUGAUGUGCGUCGGUUGCUUAUUUAUGUGUCUGUAUACUACAUACGGACUGCUGUAUUUCUAUUUGUCGCUUUCUGGCAUGUUCAUUCUCAUCUCAACUAGGUGCGAUGUCCAAAUUGAGUGCUUACGAUCAACCAUAGUUGUUGCGCGGCCAUCGCGGCUCUUGCUUCUAUGCGGGGCAAACGCCGCCACAAGCCAGCGGCGAUGUCAACGUACCCUCGCUUGUG